UCGAGUUGGGACUCUAGUGGUGCUAAAGUCGAACUUAAUCACUCUGUUUCUCUCGUUACCGUUCUCUAUCUAUGCCCAUCUCUUCAGGUGUGAUAUGCAUCUCAAAAUUCUGAUACUAUUAGAAUAAAAUUGAAAGGAAGAAUAAAUAUUUGGAGUGUUUGAUGGUACCAUUUUACUGGAACUCAAUCAUCAAAGGCAAUGGCAAACAAACAGCACAACCACAAUGAUAACAACAAGGAGCUUCAACCACUCCUUGUGCUUGGUCCUCCUUUCAUGUUCCCAACCUUUGAAGCUCAAAACCUUCACAACUACCGUUUCCUCAAUGCCUUUUCCUCCCAAAUCCCUCUCCACCAAUUCCUCGCCGAGCAAAACGUUGACCCUUCAUCCAUUCAAGCCAUACUCUGCAGCCCUCGCCAGAAGAUCUCCGCAGACGCCAUCCGGCUCCUCCCAUCACUCAGCCUCAUUGUGACCACUAGUAAUGGAACCCGCCACAUAGACUUGGCUGAGUGCAGCUACCGUGGCAUUCAGGUUGCCUCUAUUCCAGGAGAUCAAUUAGCCGUGGAUGUUGCUGACAUGACUGUGGGGUUGUUGAUUGAUGUCAUGUGGAACAUUUCUGCAGCUGAUCGACAUCUUAGGAAAUGGGGUCCUUCUAAGCCCUGCAAUCUUUCUUCUGGUUCCAAGCUAGAAGGCAAGCGAGUAGGCAUUGUUGGAUUGGGAAAAAUUGGCAGAGAAGUUGCUAAAAGGCUGGAGGCCUUCGGCUGCAGAAUUAUGUACAAUUCAAGAAACCAGAAGCCAUUUGUCUCGUACCCUUUUUACUCUAAUGUUGUUGAGCUUGCUGGUAAUAGUGAUGUCCUUGUGCUUUCUUGCUCAUUAAAUGAGCAAACAAGGCACAUAGUCAAAAGGGAAGUGAUGUUGGCAUUGGGGAAAGAAGGAGUUAUUGUGAAUAUUGGACGUGGAGAUCUAAUUGAUGAAAAGGAAUUGGUGAGAUGUUUGAUGGAAGGGGAGAUAAAGGGUGCUGGCUUGGAUGUGUUUGAGAAUGAGCCUAAUGUUCCCAAAGAGCUCUUUCCUUUGGAUAAUGUUGUCCUUUCACCUCAUGCUGCUUCAUUGACUUCACAUCGUAUAUAUGAUGUUUGUGAACGUGUAGCAGAGUGUCUUGAAGCAUUCUUUUCAAGUAAACUACCGGAGUACCCUGGUCUUGGAUGACUAAAUUCAUCUUUAAGGGCAUUUGUAUGAGACUGAGUUAUGAUCUUCUUCUCUCUCUCUCCUUUAUCUAUAUUUAUUUCACAAGUAGUUAACCAUGUUAAGAAGUAAUUAAAAUGUCUAAUAAAAGUUAAUUACUUGUGAAUCAAAAUUAAUCAUAUUUAUAUAUUUGGACAUGGGAUGUACAUUUGAAAAAUGUACAACUAUCAAUAUUCUAUUAUCUAUUACACUUAUCACUUUUUCUUU